AUGCAAGAGCCGGAGCAGCCCGACGGGGGGGCCUCGGGCGAGCCCGAGUGGAACAUCCCGCCCAACGCGCCCGCCUGCAUGGAGCGCCACCUCGACGGGGCCCACUACCGCCCAGAUGGAGCUCUUCUCCUGGGUGCUUCUAGCUUGAGUGGACGUUGCUGGGUGGGUUCCAUUUGGGUAUUUAAGGAUCCAGAACGGGCCCCUAAUGAAGGCUUUUGCUCUGCUGGGGUUCAGACGGAAGCAGGCGUAGCGGAUCUGAAAUGGGUAGCGGAUAAAGGAAUACUAGUGGCCUCAGAUUCUGGUGCUGUGGAGCUCUGGGAGUUGGAUGAGAACGAAACUCUAAUAGUGAACAAGUUUUGUAAAUAUGAGCAUGACGACAUUGUGACAACAGUGAGCGUUUUCACUAACGCCACUCAGGCGGUUAGUGGCAGCAAAGACUUCUGCGUGAAGGUUUGGGACAUCCCACAGCAAACAGUGCUGCACUCUUACAGAGCUCAUUCCAGCCCAGUGACAUGUGUGGCCUCUUGUCCUGGUAAGGAUACCGUGUUCCUGUCCUGUGCUGAGGAUGACAGAAUUUUACUGUGGGAUACCAGAUGCCCCAAACCAGCUACUCGAAUUGUUUGCAGUGCCUCUGCUUACCUCCCUACCUCAGUUAUGUGGCAUCCAGAGCAAAGUGACACAUUUGUUUUGGGUGAUGAAAAUGGGACAGUUGCUCUUGUAGACACGAAGAACCCAGACUCCGCUCUAAGUUCAGCUGUGCACUCCCAAACCAUCACUGGGUUUGCAUUUUCUACACACAGUUCGCCCCUUCUGGCUUCAGUUAGUGAAGACUGCUCGGUAGCUGUUCUUGACUCUAGCCUUUCAGAGGUUUUCAGAAGUCGCUCUCAUCGAGACUUUGUGAGAGGCCUAUCGUGGUCUCCCUUGAACAAGGCCUUGCUCUCUACAGUUGGAUGGGACCAUCAAGUUUUACACCACACAGUUCCAACACAGACUACUGAAGCUGCUGGGAGCAACAGUGUACAUGACUAGUUUUAUAAACUCACUGGUCCAGAUUUAUCCCCGGUAUAACUCCACAUGUUAUGCACCAGGGAUGUAUAUGGCCCAUUGCCUGUCUCAGAACUUAUGGCUUGCAACCAAGAAGGCAGGUCCUGUAGCAACUUUGCAUUAGGCACGAGCUAAUUACAAAAACAGCCCCUUGAUGUAGAGUCCAGAUUCACCUGUGAUAAAGCUUUAACAUGUUGCACCAGAGAAUUCUGAUUUCAGGCACAAGGAAUUGCAGGGAAGUGG